CGUCCCACCACACAGUCCUAAGUAGUGACGUCGUCUUCCUCUUAGUGACUGCUGUUAUCAAGAUGGCGCUGCGGCCAGGAUCUGGGGGAGGUGGCAGUUUUAUGUAUCCUGUUGGAGGAGGCUUGGGACCGCCGCAAGGCAUGGUACCCAUGCAGCAACAGCAGCAGCAGCAACAGCAGGGCUUCCCCAUGGUUCCUGUCAUGCAGCCUAACAUGCAGGGCAUGAUGGGAAUGAACUUUGGAGGCCAGAUGCCCCCAGGUGCCAUCCCUAUGCAGGGUGGAAUGGCGAUUGGGAUGCAGACCCCUGGGAUGCAGUUCUUGGGUCAGCCACAGUUCAUGGGUAUGAGACCAGCAGGACCCCAGUACACAGCUGACAUGCAGAAACAGAUGGCUGAAGAGCACCAAAAACGUCUGGAGCAGCAGCAGAAAAUGCUGGAGGAAGACAGGAAAAGAAGACAAUUUGAGGAGCAGAAACAGAAGCUGAGGCUGCUCAGCAGUGUCAAACCCAAGACGGGGGAGAAGAGCCGCGAUGACGCCUUGGAGGCAAUCAAAGGCAACCUGGACGGUUUCAGCAGAGAUGCAAAGAUGCACCCCACUCCAUCAUCUCAGACCCAGAAGCCAGACUCAUCGCCAUCACACCCGUCUGUCACUGCUCCCUCCCUUCCCCCAGCUAUGUCUGAGGAUAAUGAUGACUUUAGUGACUUUCAGGGCCCUGUCGAUACCCCCACGUCGUUCCCUUUGCCCCCCUCCUCAUCCUCUUCCUCCUUCACCACCACUCCCUCCAGCUUUGGGUUCUCCUCUCAGGCCCAGCCUUCAUCCUCUGCCCCCAACAUAGGUUUCUCUGAGGACGAUGACGAGUUUAGUGACUUUGUUCAGGGACCUGUAAACACUUUCCCUUCUGCCAACUUCCACCUCUCCUCUCAGUCGCAAGUCCAAUCGACUUUUCCACCCUCACAAUCCCUCCCCUCUUCUGUGUCCAUUCACACUGACACCCAACACUCUGCUGUCAGCACCAGCACCCAGUCUGCAUUUCAAGGCCCAUCCCUGGAAGAGAAGCUGUUCUCCUCCUGUGAUCUCACAGCUGAUAAGACUGCGCAGGUUAGCUUUAAGUCCAAGCAGAGUUUGGCUGAAAUGACUCCUAGAGCUAAAGUUUCAGCCCAGUUUCAGCCCAGUACUAAAGCGAGGAACUGGGCCGCGGCCACCGAGGACUUGAGCUCUGUCUUCGUCACAGAAAAGCCACCAGAGGCCCCGGUACCAGCGCCCAAACUCCCCCCAUCAGCUGCUGGCGCAUCUCCUCAAACCAGUAGUGACAGUGCAGGUGUUGGUGUGUAUCCACAACAAGAGCACAUUCAGACCAUGCUGCCCGCCUGGGUUUACAACGACAGCCUCGUCCCAGAAAUGUUCAAGAAGGUUCUUGAAAUCACCAUGACUCCGGCAGGGAUAGACACAGCCAAACUCUACCCGAUAUUAAUGUCAUCAGGUCUUCCCAGGGAAGCACUCGGGCAAAUCUGGGCAUCAGCCAACCGCACAACACCUGGCAUGCUGACCAAGGAGGAACUUUACACUGUACUUGCACUAAUUGGGGUGGCGCAGAGUGGCCUCCCGGCAAUGAACGUGGAAAUCCUCGGCCAAUUUCCUUCUCCUCCCGUGCCGAACCUGCCGGCUCUGGCUAUGGCCAUGGCCCCUGUCAUGCCUCAGCACCAGCAGCCCAUGAUGACCCAGCCCCCGGUCUCCAUGGCCAUGCCCACAGCAGCCCCGCCACCAGUCAUGCCUAUGACACCGGCAGCACCGGCUCAGCCACCCACAAACACAAAUUUCAUUGCCAGUUUCCCUCCAGCACAGGUAUCACAGGGAACCAAAGCCGAUGACGAUGACUUCCAGGACUUCCAGGAAGCUCCAAAGGCAGGAGGAGACCAAGCUUUCUCUGACUUUCAGGGGGAAUCGGGAGGAAGCUUCCCUACUACCAUUGCACCACAGCACCAAAACAGCACGCCUGCCUUGCUGACUCCAGUGUCUGGUUCCUCCUCCGCCUCCGUUACAUCUUCUGAUAAGUACGCCGUGUUCAAGCAGCUGUCUGUGGAUCAGCCUGCAGAGCCUACACCCCCUGCCUCAGAUAUUGGAGACAAAUACAGUGUAUUCAGACAACUCGAACAACCCGCGGAGAAGAAAUCAGUCGGAGAAGGAUUUGCAGAUUUCAAGUCUGUCGGCACAGUCGAUGAUGGCUUCACAGACUUUAAAACAGCCGACAGCGUCUCUCCACUAGACCCUCCAGAUCAAGCCAAGCUCUUUCAACCUUCCUUCCCCUCUGCUUUUCCAAACUCUCAGUCACUACAGCAGCUUCCCCAGCAACAGCCAGCAGUGUCUCUUUCUCAGCCCAAAAAUCCUCUCAACAUGGCUGACCUGGACCUUUUCUCUUCUAUAGCGCCCUCUGUUCCUGCCCCCACUGAGACAAAACCCAGCACAUUCCCUUCUGUGUCUGUGCCCCCCUCUCUCGUCCUCCUGCCAGGUGGAGCAAAACCUCCGGGAGGAGGGGCAGAUGAGUUUGGGGAUUUUGCCCUCUUUGGCUCCUCUUCUGACUCCACUCAAGCUUCAGCCGCAGGAGGAGCUGCCUCAGCACCUCAGGAUGACUUUGCAGACUUCAUGGCAUUUGGCAGCUCUGGUGGAGAGCCUAAAGGCGAGAGCAGCGCGGGUGUUCAAGGGGAAACCUCCACACAGCAGCGGUCUCAGCAGAGCUCUGACAAAUACGACAUAUUCAAACAACUUUCUCUGGAAGGAGGCCUCGCCUACGAUGACACCAAGGAGAGCGGCGCCGGCUCCUUCUCGUCACUCAAGAGCGACAACGACGACUUUGCCGAAUUUCAGUCCUCGAAGUUCUGCACAGCACUCGGUGCUUCUGAAAAGACUCUGGGUGACAAGGUGGCCGCGUUCAAACAGGCCAAGGAAGACUCUGCAUCUGUAAAGUCCCUCGACCUCCCGUCCAUCGGCGGGAGCAGCGUGGGAAAGGACGACUCUGAGGACGCGCUGUCAGUACAGCUGGACAUGAAGCUGUCGGACAUGGGAGGAGACCUGAAGCACGUGAUGUCAGACAGCUCUCUGGAUUUGCCGGGUCUCUCUUCCCACCAGCCCCCUGCUACAGAAGGAGACGACAUGAAAUUUGACCCCUUUGGGACAUCGGCCCUCAGCACCUUGGCCAGCUAUGACUGGUCAGACCGGGACGAGAGUCUGCCCGGUGAGGUCAGAAAGCCACCGGGCUUGGAAGGAGCUGGCCUUCCAUCUUUAGUCCCCACACAGAGGAAGGAACUGACCUUUGGCAGCACUGAAAACAUCACAAGCAACUCCAUAGCAAACAUCAUCACCUCCUUCCCUGCAGAGGACAGUUCAUCAGCAGAUGACAAGUUUGAAGCCUUUGCUGACUUUGGCUCCGGCGACCAGGGCGGUGUCAAUAACGAGGAUGACUUUGGAGACUUUGCAAGUACUGUUUCGGAGAAGUCAGACUCGCCUGCUGCCACUGCCGAGGCGGGCUCAGAGGGAAACCAGAGCGAGGCCUCCGAUGACUUUGGUGCCUUCCAGGGAGACAAGCCAAAGUUUGGCAGGUCUGACUUCCUCAAAGCCAGCGCUCAGGCCAAGGUCAAGUCCAGCGAGGAGAUGAUCAAGAACGAGUUGGCAACUUUUGAUUUGUCGGUUCAAGGUUCCCACAAGCGCAGUCACAGUUUGGGUGAGAAGGAGAUCAGGCGUUCACCCCCGUCUCCGGCGCCAGAGCAGCCCUUCAGAGACCGAUCCAACACCCUGAACGAGAAGCCUGCACUGCCCGUCAUCAGAGACAAGUACAAGGACCUGACUGGAGAGGUGGAGGAGAGCGAGCGCUACGCCUAUGAGUGGCAGAGGUGCCUGGAAAGCGCUCUGGAGGUCAUCACCAAAGCCAACAACACCCUGAACGGGAUCAGCAGCUCUUCUGUCUGCACCGAGGUCAUCCAGUCUGCUCAGGGCAUGGAGUACCUGCUUGGCGUGGUGGAAGUGUAUCGCGUCUCUCGGCGUGUGGAGCUGGGCAUCAAGGCCACGGCAGUGUGCUCUGAGAAGCUGCAGCAGCAGCUGAAGGACAUCAGCCGUGUGUGGAACAACCUCAUAGGCUUCAUGUCGCUGGCUAAGCUCGCUCCUGAUGAAAGCUCCCUGGAUUUCUCCUCCUGUAUUCUGCGGCCGGGUAUCAAGAAUGCAAAGGACUUGGCUUGUGGGGUUUGUCUGCUCAACGUCGACGCUCGCAGCAAGAACAAAGAAGAAAGCACUAUUGGACGUCUGUUUAAACGAGCAUUGACUAAAGACAGGGAGAGGAGCUUAAGGGCGUUCAACUCUGAGACAGACAACUUCAAACUGAUGUACGGGGGCCAUCAGUACCACGCCAGCUGUGCCAACUUCUGGAUUAACUGUGUGGAGCCCAAACCCCCGGGCCUCAUCCUGCCUGACCUGCUCUGAGCUGCCAUGGUAACACGGCAAGAGCUAAUUACCACCAGAUAGGUGGAGCGGCCACUCGCCUCACACCAAGAGCAAGAGGAGAACAUCUACAGUCACUGGAUUCCUCUAGCUUUUUUUUUAUUAUCCUGAAAUCUCACCCAGACUGUGUUCAUUUGCAGAUCUUUUCCCUGAAUAGUCAUUGGUCGGUUCAUAUGGUUACUCUUUCGUUCAACCAUACAGGUCAGCAGUUGAGGUCAUAUUUAAAUCUGUUUUUAAUGCUGCUUUUGACAAAUUAUUUCUGCUGACUAUUCGUGCAGAAAUGCAACAAUAUUAAUAAAUAUAACUAAUCAGUGAAUCCUAUUUAAAUUAUUAGGUGUGCAAUAUCCUUAUAACACUGGCCGAGGAGGUUUUUGCUUCUGUUUGUGUAUUUUUUGUUUGCAGUGAAUCAGAUUUAAUGAAUCAUAAGUCUACCAUUGAAUUACUUGAAUUGUAUUUCUGUCUCGGGUCUGUUGGAUGAAACUCUGUGGCUGUUAUGGUUUUAAUGUCUUUUUGAAAAUCUUUAACAUUCAAACCAUCUCUGCUCUGCCGGAAGGUAGGCACCUCUCUUUCUCUGCAUUAUGUUUCGCUGCGUUGAAUGUCUUUUGCACUGUUUGUGAGGAAACUUUAACACCUCUUUGGGUAUUUAAAUUGUAUUUUGUAGGUGUUGGGGAUUUGAAGGGAAUCUGUUGUGACUUUCUGUGUUGUUGUUGUGUGCAGAGCUGAAAUUCUGGAAGUAUUUACUAAUGCUGAAUUUGAACAGCAGCAGCAUUUUCUGUAUAUUACAGUGUCAUGCUGCAGCUUUGUAUUAAUCACCCAGCUGUAAUGUGAAUGUUAUGUAAAUAAAUGACGUGCAAACUGGUUAAA